CUCUCGAUAUCGAAAAAGAAAAACAAAAGGCUAAAUGAUGCUGAGAAGAAGCAUUUGGAACACAUCAACGAGAUGGAAAAAUAAUUUGAUUAUGAGAGAUGUCAAAUGCAGCAAAUCAUUAAAGAACAGACAGAUCAAAUUAAAACUCUACAACAUUCAGAGAAAAAGGCAAGAGAAACUCUCGAAAAAACAAACGAAAUAUUGGACAAAACAAACAAAAGACUCGACCAGUCACUGGAAGAUAAACGCCUAAACAACAAAGAGGAAUAUAAUGAGUUAAGUGACGUUCACCGUCCAACGAGACUUGCAGAAAUGUUUCAGACAAUAUACGAUAAUGAAUGGGCAGAAGCAUUUGAAUGCAUUACUAAAAUGAAGCAUGAUGACGAGGAAUCAGUAGCAUUAGCUUUAUUCGACAUUCUUUUGGUAAUUCUAUAA